AAGCAACGUUGGAAAUCGGGAAUCGGGACGGGCGAGCGUGACGUGACGACGUGAUCAAAGACAUAGGCAUAGGCGAAAGAUGAAUGCCAGAGCCAGAGUGUGUGUCACAUCGAGGCAGAUUCGUUCGCAAUAGGAAGGUUUUAUUUUGACAGUGCGAUACGCGAGCGGGUAACGCGAUGUUCUGCACCGCGACGCGUCCCUGAACGAAGCCGUGUAGCGUCGAGUAGCGCGCGUACGUCGCGUAAGAUCAGAAAUAUCGUCGCUCCGGGUCUCAGUCUCGGCCAGUCGGAGACAAGCGGGCGCGCUGUGUGCACCUGCAUGUGUCACUUGUGAGUGCAGUGCGAUCCCAGGGCACGUAGUAAUAUCCUACCCUACCCUACCCUAUUACGCGCGAGUUGUUACGAGUAACGCGCGACACGCCGUUUGCAACACAUCGACGACGCCGACGCUGCCGCUGUGGCCACUGUUGUUUUCCUCGUACACCCUUACCACGAGUCAUAGUACGUUGCCGGUCGUUGUCGUGGCCAGACCUAGAUGCGAGACUGAAAAAGAGAGAGAGAGAGGGAGAGACAGAGAACAUCAUCGCCGUCGUCACCGAUGAGUUUGGCCUGUUGUUCGCUGCUGCCUCUCUAACUAAUCGCAAGUGUGUGUGAUGCCCGGGAGCCGCUCCAGCACGGACCCAGAGCACAAGUCACCGCGGGAAAGUGGUGAAGAUUCCGAGGAUGAGAGCGAGAUCCUGGAAGAGAGCCCCUGCGGGCGGUGGCUUAAGCGCCGGGAAGAGGUAUAUGUAGGUUCGAAAUCUACGUUAGCUGAAGGUUCUAAUUUUGGAUCGACAAGAGGAACUGAAAACGAAGUUACUGAAAUGGAAGUAGAACAGAGAGAUGUUCCUGGAAUUGAUUGUGCCUACCUGGCAAUGGAUACUGAGGAAGGUGUUGAAGUGGUGUGGAAUGAGGUGCAAUUUUCGGAAAGAAAAAAUUUUAAGGCCCAAGAAGAAAAGAUACAACUCGUUUUUGAGAAUCUCACGCAGUUGGAGCACCCUAACAUUGUUAAAUUUCAUAGGUAUUGGACAGAUACCCAUAAUGACAAACCCCGAGUUAUAUUUAUAACAGAAUAUAUGUCAUCUGGAUCCCUGAAACAGUUCCUAAAACGAACAAAACGCAAUGUAAAAAAGUUGCCUCUACAAGCGUGGAAACGAUGGUGUACGCAAAUACUUUCUGCGCUUAGUUAUUUGCAUUCCUGUUCACCUCCCAUUAUACAUGGAAAUCUUACCUGUGACACUAUAUUUAUUCAACAUAAUGGUCUUGUAAAAAUUGGUUCAGUGGCUCCAGAUGCAAUUCAUCAUCACAUUAAGACUUGUAGAACGAAUAUGAAGAAUAUACAUUUUGUAGCUCCAGAAUAUGGAAAUUCCGUCACACCAGCCAUCGAUAUCUAUUCAUUCGGGAUGUGCGCUCUGGAGAUGGCCGCGCUGGAAAUUCAGGGAAACGGUGAUACGGGUACAAUUGUUACCGAAGAGAACAUCUGGAAGACAAUAGAAUCUUUAGACGAUGUUCAACAAAAAGACUUUAUUCGUAAAUGUCUUCAGGUAGACCCGCUUAGUAGACCGAGCGCAAAAGAGUUGCUGUUUCAUCCCCUUCUAUUCGAAGUACAUUCUCUCAAGUUGCUUGCAGCGCAUGCCUUAGUCAACUCAGCUACUAACAUUUCGGAAACAAUCACAGAUGAAGUGUUACAAAGGCUAUAUGGACCAGAUACCGUAGUUGCCGAAGUAAAGUAUCAAGGGAUGCCCCCGCAACAAAUUCGAUUAAGUGAUAUUCCGGUUACGGAAAAAUUAGAAAAAUUUGUUGAAGAUGUAAAAUAUGGAAUAUAUCCAUUGACUGCAUUUAUGGCGAAAUUGCCUCCGCCUGUCCGACCGAGAGCCAUAUCGCCCGAAGUGACAGAAUCGGUUAAAUCGGUUACACCCGAGCCUGUGGACGUGGAGUCUCGAAGAGUAGUUAAUAUGAUGUGUAAUGUUAAGCCUAGAGAAGAUAGUAGUGAAUUACUUAUGACAAUAUUGUUACGAAUGGAUGACAAGAUGAAUAGGCAAUUGACGUGUCCUGUGAGCCAAAUGGAUACGUCAAUGCUUCUUGCACAGGAACUUGUACAUUUUGGGUUUAUUAAUGAGAACGAUCGUGAUAAAAUAGCCAAUUUAAUCGAAGAGGCAUUGAGGCGAUACUUCAACAAGCAAAUGGUGACACCAGGAAUGGUAUCGUUAACUAAUCUUCCUACUCAAACUACUUUAUUGCUGCCUGGUUCGGAAUUUCCGUGUCUGCAACAUUUUGACAAUUCCGUGUGCAACGCCACAACAUCCAAUAGUGAUAGUGCAACUAACCUGCUGCCAAAAACCUCAGGUAUAUCCGUGUCAAGUAACAAAACGAAUAAACUUCACGAUGACGCAGAACCGCCAACAAUCAGCGAGAGCGGCAGUUAACCAUCCAGGAUAACGUCUGAUAACUCAGUUCACUGUGCCACUUUGCACGCUUUAUGUAUAGACUGGCUAUGUAUUUUUAUAUUUAAGUAAACAGAAAGGGGAGAGAGAAUGUGAACGUAAAGGUGAGAGGGUGCCGUGGCUACACUACUCUAAGCUAAAGCCGACUGCAAAUUAGGAACUGCUUAAGUAUUUACUUUCAUCCUUCUAGGCUAUCAAAGUAAUAGCUCUAUUGUCAAAUUUCGUUGUUUCUCUAUAUGUCUAGAAUUUUUACGUUAUACAGGUUCUGACCUGUUUAUAUCGUUAUAUAGAUACAAGAGAUAAAUUGACAAAGGGUGCACGAAUCUAAUGUAAAAAGACCAAAUACUUGUGAUUGUAUAAUUAAGAGAAUAGUUAGAGGCCUGCUGGAUAUAUUGAUUCAUAUUUACACGCAGCUACGUACGAUUUGAUACUUAUCUGUUGUAAUUUAAUCUAUCAAGGUAUAGAGUUACAAACAUUUAUUAUGUAUCGCGUGUUUCUCAUAAUGUCUCUUAUAGAAUUGCAAAAGGUGAAAAUUAAUAUCCGUCGAAAUUCUAUAUCCUACUUUUCAAAAUAAUUAUAUAUAUACCAUAAAAUUUAUUUCCUGAUACAAGAAUCAAGAAAAGAAUCAAUUUAAUCAUGCGUACAAAACUAUCUCUUCAUUGUACAGCUGUUAUAAAAUUUAUUUUAAUAUUUCAAAAAAGUAUUAUGGAUGUACGCUCGGUUUCUUUUGAAUGAAUUUCGAUCUCUCUUCGACCGCUCUUAUUACUUUCACCAAAAUACUCAGCCUAUUGUAGUCUGUCUAAAAGUGAGCGAACACACACAUAUAAUCGUUCGCGAGAGAGAAAGUACAGUAACGUGCUCGUUCAUUUACUAUAUUUUUAAUUUCAUAGGUAAGAUUAUAUGAAUACGUGAAUACACACACUGGCUCAAUAGAGUAAUUUGGCAGUAAUCGGAUAAAGCCACGGCUCUACUCUAUACUUGGGUAUUAUUGAUGUGAUUAAACCAAGGUUUAUUAAAUCUCGAUAAAAUUAGCUGAAAAAUCCUUGUAAAUAUUUUAUAUUUUUAAGAAAAAUCUGUUGAGACACAGAAAAAAACUAGUCAUAUAGGUAUAUUUGAAUGCUAACAGACUAACACAGAUCUUAUUACAUCUUUUGCAUUUAUAACACGUGCUUGGCCAAGAGAUACCGCUCCAAUUUCUUACCUCGGUCGAAUCAAUUUUCAGUGAAGCAUUUUUCAUUAAGUAAACGACUAACCCUAACUAGAGGUAUCUGCUACCUACCUACCUACAAGAACAUAAACUUCGAUCUUAAGUAUGUAAGUAGAUUAUCAAACUAAAUUGAAUGUGUAUAGCUUUAUAAUACAAAUUAUAAACGACGAAAAAAAAAAAAAAACGCGACGACUGACUCGUGGAUAUUAUGAAAGGGCUGUACGAUGACAGUGAUAAAUAAAUACUUUAACUCGAAA